AUUUCAGAUUAUUCUUUUCUCCUUAUUUAAGAUAAAAUAAAGAAUGAGUUCAGAUUCAGAUCAAGAUUUUAAAGAUGAUGAAUCUGAGGAUAAUUUCCAAAUAGAUUCAGGAGAUGAGUCUGAUGAUUUUGUUCCUAUCUCAAAGAGACGUAAGACGACAAAGACAGCCAUAGCCAAAGAAACAAAGACUACAGAGAAAAAGACACCUAUCAAACGUACAACUGUCAAAAAGGCAGUACCAACUAAAAAAACUGCCAAAAAUCCUUCGACUUCAAGUAGUAGUAGUAGUAAUAGUCUUGAUAAUUUCUUUUCAAAGGAAACACCUGCUUCAACCGCAACUACGACGCCUAUCAUUAGUGAUGUAGAAAUGACAGAUGCUCCAGCUUUAGCUAAAAAAGCACACAUUCCUAAAUACAAUGAAAACAAGACAAUUGAAGAAAUUUACCAAAAGAAGACUCAGUUAGAACAUAUUCUACUUCGUCCUGAUACUUAUAUUGGAUCUAUUGAAGCUGAAGAGCAAGAAAUUUGGGUCUUUGAUAGUGAAGAAGAUAUGAUCAAAAAGAAGAAAAUCAAAUAUGUUCCUGGGUUAUAUAAAAUUGUUGAUGAAAUUUUAGUCAACGCUGCUGACAACAAGAUUCGUGAUCCUUCAAUGAACACAAUCAAAGUCGUUAUUGAUCGAGCAGAAAAUUUCAUUUCAAUUCAUAAUAACGGUCGUGGUAUUCCUAUCACUGAACAUAAAGAUGAAAAAUGUUAUGUUCCUGAAUUAAUUUUUGGUCAUCUCUUAACUUCUUCUAACUAUGAUGAUAACGAAAAAAAGGUAACAGGUGGUCGUAAUGGUUAUGGUGCCAAACUUUGUAAUAUCUUUAGUACUGAAUUUAUUGUUGAAACUGCGGACAAAGAACGUCAAUUGAAGUAUAGACAGGUAUUCAAGGACAACAUGAGUGUAAUUGGGAAACCCAAGAUUACUUCUAAUUCAAAAGGUGAAGAAUUCACUCGAAUUUCUUUUAAACCUGAUCUUGCUAAAUUCGGAAUGACGGAGAUGGACGAAGACUUUGAAGCUCUCAUUAAGAAACGUGUAUAUGAUUUAGCUGGUUGUGUUUCUGGAGUUAAUGUUUACUUGAACGGCACCAAGAUUCCAGUCAAAGGAUUUAGCAAAUAUUGUGAUUUAUAUACUAAAUCAAUGGAGAUUCGUAAUGCUGAAGGAAAGAAACCCAUCAUUAGUGAUGGUGGAGAUAAUCCCCGUUGGGAAGUUCAUUUUGCAGUUAGUGAUGGACAAUUCAAUCAGAUUAGUUUUGUUAAUAGCAUUUGUACUACUAAAGGCGGUACACAUGUAAACUACAUUGCUGAUCAAAUCGUAAAAGCCAUCUUACCUGACGUUCAAAAAAAGACAAAUAAUAAGAAUAUUCGACCUUUCCAAAUCAAGAAUCAUAUGACACUUUUUAUUAACUGUUUGAUAGAGAACCCAUCGUUUGAUUCCCAAACUAAAGAAAAUAUGACAUUACGUGCUAGUAGCUUUGGUUCAACUUACAAAUUAUCUGAUAAAUUUAUCAAGGCUAUUUUAACAUCAGGGAUGAUUGAUAAUAUUAUCAGAUGGGUCAAGUUUAAGGAAGAGGAGCAGAUGACAAAGGCGGAUACAGGAAAAAUGAAUCGUCGUUUAAAGAUUCCCAAGCUGGAGGAUGCUAAUUUGGCUGGUGUAAGACCUCAUAACAAAGAUUGUACUUUAAUCUUAACUGAGGGUGAUUCAGCUAAAGCUCUUGUCCUUAGUGGCCUCUCUGUCGUUGGUCGUGAUAAAUUUGGUGUAUUCCCUCUUCGUGGUAAACUUUUGAACGUGCGUGAUGCCUCUAAUUCACAAAUCUUGAGCAACGCGGAAAUUACAAAUAUUAAGGCUAUUCUUGGUUUGAAGCACAACAAGACUUAUACUAGCGUAGAUGAGCUUCGUUAUGGCAGACUCAUGUUGAUGACUGAUCAAGAUCACGAUGGUUCUCAUAUUAAGGGUUUGUUAAUUAAUUUUAUUGAUACCAUGUUCCCAUCUUUACUGGAUAUUCCUGGCUUCUUGCUUGAAUUUAUUACUCCAAUUAUUCGUUGUAAGCACAAGAGAAGAAAUGAAGAGAUUAGUUUCUUUACAAUUCCCGAAUAUGAAAAAUGGGCUCAAGAGAAUAAUCGUAAUAGUGAAUGGGUGCCCAAGUAUUUUAAGGGUUUAGGUACCUCUGACAAAUCGGAUGCUCGUAAAUAUUUUAGUGCAUUACAAAUCCAUGAAAAGGAGUUUCAUACUGCUUCUAAAGAGGAACGUGAACUGAUAGAUAUGGCAUUCAAUAAGAAAAGAGCACUUGAUCGCAAGAAUUGGUUGGCUGGAUAUGAACCAGGCAUCUAUAUUGAUCAUAAUGUCAAUAAGAUCCGAAUUGGUGACUUUGUGAACCGUGAAUUGAUGCUCUUUAGUAUGGCAGACAAUAUCCGUUCCAUUCCUUGUGUUGUCGAUGGUUUCAAACCCGGUCAACGUAAAGUAUUCUUUGGUUGUAUUAAACGUGGAAGGAAUACAGAAAUUAAAGUUGCUCAGUUGGCUAACUAUGUUGCGGGUAUCACACAAUAUCAUCAUGGUGAAGCAAGUGUAGCUGCUACGAUUAUCAAUAUGGCUCAGGAUUUUGUAGGUAGUAAUAAUAUUAACUUGCUUGUACCUGCUGGUCAGUUUGGUACACGUCAUGAGGGUGGUAAAUCUGCAGCAAGUCCUCGUUAUCUUUUCACUCGAUUGACAAAGAUUGCACGUUUAAUCUAUCAUCCAGAUGAUGAUGAACUCUUGGAUUAUUUAAUUGAAGAAGAUAAGCCGAUUGAACCCAAAUGGUAUGUUCCUAUUUUGCCUAUGGUUCUUAUCAAUGGUGCAGAUGGUAUUGGUACUGGUUGGAGUACAACAAUUCCUAAUUACAAUCCUAAGGAUAUUACUGAAAAUAUCUUUCGUUUAAUGAAUGAUGAAGAAAUUAUUCCCAUGGUUCCUUGGUUUAGAGGUUUCAAGGGUGAAAUUUCUUCUGCUGGUACUGGUAAAUUCACAUGUAAUGGUAUUGCUGAAGUUACAGAGACAGGACAUGUAAAAAUUACUGAAUUGCCUGUUCGCUUAUGGACUGAUAGUUUUAAAGAUAAUUUGGAAGUUAUGCGUGAUCCAAAGGAUAAGAAGCCUGAAAUUCUUAUUAAUGACUUUUUUAAUAAUUCUACUGAUUCUGCUGUAGAAUUCACAGUCGAGUUGGAUGAAAAGAAUUUAACAAAAGCAGAGGAUAUGGGCUUACUUAAGGCAUUCAAGAUUACAAAUAGCAUUUCCACAAAUAAUAUUGUUUGUUUUGAUAAGAAUGGUAAAAUUAAAAAAUAUGAGUCUCCAGAGGAAAUUUUGAAAGACUUUUAUGAAUUGCGUUUGGAAUAUUAUGUUAAGAGAAAGGAAUAUUUAAUCGAAGCUCUUAAAGAUGAAUAUGAGCGUCUUGAUAACAAAGCAAAAUUUAUUGAUCUUGUUAUUAACAAAAAAUUAGUUUAUAUUAAUCGUAAAGAAGAAGAUGUGAUCGCUGAUAUGAAAAAUUAUGGAUUAAAACAAAUUUAUCCUCGUAAGAAGAAGAAUGCAUUAAUUGUAGAUGAAAGUGCUGAAACACAACAGAAGAAUGAAAAUGAAACUGGUUAUGAAUAUCUAUUCUCUAUCAAUGUACGUGGUUUUACUGCACAAAAAGUGAUAGAAUUACGUAAACAAAAGGAUGAUAAAUACAAUGAACUUCAAGAAGUUCAGGGCACACCACCCAAGACUUUCUGGCGUCGUGAUCUUGAAGCACUUAUGGAAGAAUGGGAGGCACUCUUAAAGGAAGAUGAACUAUUAGCUAAACAAGCUAAACCUCUUGCUACUGCUAAUACAAAGAAGAGAAGAAGAGUAGCGAAACCCAAAGCAGUCAAAACUGAAUCUAAAGAUUAAUCAUAAAAUUACGUGUAAUUUCCGGUUUCUUAAAAAUACUCUAUUAUUAGUAUGUAUUGUAUGUUUAAAAUAAAGCAAUUUCAUGCGC